AUUGGUUGAGUUGAAGUCGGUUUGCACAGGUUAAUGCACACACGGCUAUAGACCAAUCACCGAGCGGGUACUAUUGUUUUUAUUUUAUAUAUGGACAAUGGACAUUACUCACAUAUGUUGCAUACUCUUAUAAACUGUACUGCCCGUCCAUAUUAAAGCCCAUUUAUGUCAUUUGAGUUGAAGCAAUGCCGAAAAAAGAUGCAUCAAGAAGAAAACAUAAACCGUCUCACUUUCGAGAAGCUCGUGCAAAUUGGUUGUCAACUCUGUUUCAUCAAGAUUCCUUAUGUCGCGUAAAAUGCUCAGAUGUUCUAAAAGUGUUGAGAAAUAAAUAUAAGAGUAUAUCUGUUCGAGAGUGUGGGUUCAUUGUACGAAAGUGUUUUCCUACGGUGAAGCGAAUUCAUAGCAAUCAUGUCUACUUUUAUUCUGGCAUUAGCCACAUCGACGCCAUUGAAAAUGUUAACCAAUGUCAUACGGAAAAUGAUUGCUCAACUGAGAAUAAAAUGCUAUGUGGAUUACCUGAUUGCAUGAGUAUCAAUCGGUCGGAAUUGCUACGUUCCUCAUCAAAGAAGCCUACAUAUUCAUUCCCAAAUGGGAAUUUUGAUAGCAUGGAGUUAUGUUGGUUUAGAGGAAUGGCAGUUGCAGUGAGGAAAUCUGAGUUUGAUGUCAUUGAUGAAGCAAGAACUAUUCUUAGCUUACCAUCUCAUCCAUGUUUUCCAAUCUUAAUUGGUAUUUGUCGGGAUGAAAAGCCAUUCAUUUUAAUAACAAAAUUUUAUGGUCAUGUAGGAACUGGAGUGUACAUGUCCUUGGAAGGAUUGUGCUAUACUCAUGGAAUCACUUUUGCCGAGUGGAUAUCUUUAUUAAUUAAGAUAUGGGAAGGCAUAGAGUUGUUGCAUUCUUGUGGAUUUGCUCAUGGAGGUCUUGGAGUUCAAAACAUUAUUGUUGUGAAACAAAAAGAAAACAAAAAAGUUUGGGUGCCAGUAUUUCUGAAUCUUAAUGAAGUCAAAGCUUUAUGUGGAAGUAUUGACAACAACCUAAGUCAACAAGACUGCUUAGACUUUGGCAUCUUGCUACAUAAAGUAACUACUCUCCCUGCAAUAAAAGAAACAUGUGCAUUACGCCAGCAAGAGAAAUUAACUCAAUUGUCCAAAGCUAUUUCUUCUGGUUGCACAAACAUAAAUAUUUUUUACUAAUGCAUAAGUAUCUCAAUUAUUACAGUUAUUUUUACAAAUAUGAUAUCUUAUUUGCCCAUCCAUUGAAUUGUGCAUGUCUUUGUGUAGGUGAAAGGUAGAACCCCCCCUCAAAAAAAUAUUUUUCUAUAUAAUGUAGUUUUUACUUUUGGGCUUUAAUCUUCGAAAUUUUAAUUAUAGAAUUAGACAUUCUGCAUGGCUUAUAUGUGAAUAGUAGAAUAUUACCUUUUAAAAAUACAUGUUCAAUCCAACUAAA